GCGCCGAGUUGCGGACACCCCCCAGCAUCAAGCAGGAGCCCCCCGAGGAUGCCACUGUGGUCCUCCCCCGCCAGCCUGUGCUCUGCUCCAUGAGCGAGACUUCGGCCGGCCUCACCACCGGCAUUGUCACCACCACACUCAACGUGCCGCAGCCCCACCUCUCUGUCACAGGCAUGCACGGGGCCUCGCAGGCGUUGGCUGACGGCCUCUCUCCUAGGAAGAAGCCCAGAAAGCAGCAGCUGACCGGGAACGAGCUUCAGGAGGCACGAUCCAGUGAGGACGACCUUGACCACCCACCGGUGAAGAAGACGAAGAGAGAGAUCGCCGAGGACAAUCACGACCUAGAAGGAAGCGAAGACGAAGGCGGGGGAUGGUCUGAGCCAGGUGGGGGCAGCAGCGGAGGGAGCUACGGAGGGAGUGGAGGGGGCCUGGGGGGAGCCAACGCCAGUAAUGCCGUCAAUGCCACCGUCGUCAUAACCAACCGCCCCACCAUGUCCCUCCUGAGCAGUUUCCGACAGACAUGGAAACCGAGGCACAACCACUUUGUGCGCCACACAGAUGUCAAACCCAAGGACGAGAGGAGAUUGACUGUCAACGAGAUCGCCAACCAGAAGAUGGCUCUGCAACGGGUCAAUGGAUGGAAGGUUGUUCACCUCUCAGGGCAAGUGGAUGACCUUGUAGAGCUCGAGUCUGAUGUGGUUGACCGUCUGCAUUUGCUGCUCACUUCCUUGGAGAAGAGAACUCAUGGCAGAAAGCCAUACAAGGACUUUGAUAAAGACAUCAAUAGGUUGUCAGAGCUAGUCAAGGCCAACAUCCAGAGAUCCAAGAUUAUAAAAGACCAGAUGACAGAAGCAAGAACACAGAUGGAAAAGCUUUUUGAGCACAAGGGCAAGAUUGUGGAGAUCAUGACAAAGUACAGCAGCAAGCGCAGUGUUCGCAAGAAGGAGAAGAGUUGAAGCCUUUUUGUAGGGGAGAGAAGUUGCAUUGGGCUUUUUUGCUUCUAAAGCUGCCAAAGUGUUGUAUUAAAGACAAAGGGCUUUAUAUAUAUAUUUUUCCAGAUUCACCCGGUCAAUAGACAACAGACGUGGUCCAGGCUAUCAGUCUUGUCCAUUCACGUGCCAGGCAUAAAGUGUGAAUGCUGAUAAUUAACAAAAGUUGCAGGCUUCAGCUCAAAGUUGAAUUCAGAUGGAAAUCCUUGUCAAACUAUAUAGAUAUGUACAAAGUAUUAUCAUCAUUAUUAUUAGUUUUUUUUACACCAGUGACUUUUUUUUUUGCCUUUUUGUUAAUGGACAACUUCUCACCAUCAUUCAAGAUACAUCUUAUUUGUCAUUGUGGAUUACUGUUGUGGCCAAGGCUACUUCUUCCAACUCAAGUACAAUUUUAUUUGUAUACUCCAAGCAGAAAUUUAUUGUUUACAGUGCAAACCUGUAGCUUAAGGCUUAGAUAUAAGUGAUCAGUGAUAUGUUAUUUGUAUUAAAUAUAAAAUUUUAUUAUAACAAAGUUAUAUGUUAUUCCUCGAUAGUUUUAAUUGGAACACAGUGAUAUGUACAGUAUUCAUAGACUGACUGUGAAUCAUUAAGCCUACCCAGGAAUAGUCACUUCAUUUAUGUCAGUGGAUGAAGUAUCCCCUUUUUUUUUUCCUUUUUUUUCCAUAAGUUUUAACAUGUAAGAAUACUGACCUGACAGAAGAGCAUUAAGUUAGCAUUGCAGACUUCAGAGUAGACAUAUUCUUUUAAGCAGUAUGUUUUAUUUUGUCCGUGCCAAUCACGAAAUAGGCGAUGAGACUUUGUAUACAGACAAGUUAUUAUUACCUUGUCAGUUGCCCCAGAACUUUGCUCGGGUAAAACUAGAAGGUAAUGUUUAAAUGUAAAGACAUAUUGUUCUAUAAAAUCACAUACAUUGUACAAAGGAAAAGCAAUAUAAUAAAAUCUGAAAUCUUA